AUGACAAGGGAGAAAAACAAAUCCUACGACGAGAAGGAAGCCAACUACUGUCAAGUAUUCGUCGAGCACAUGACGAAGGAUGCCUUGACCUGGUUCUCCAACCUCCCUGCCGAGUCGAUCCAUAACUUCGACGACUUGACUAAUGCUUUCCUGAAGCAUUACUCCAUGCAUAUGACCCGAGUCACGCGGAACAUGUUCACCACGACGCAAGCACAAGGUGAACCAUUACAUAGUUUCAUGGAAAGGUUCAAGCAAGCAGCUCGCGACAUGCCCGACAGUUUCCCGCUAGAAGCACUCCGUAACGGCCUCUGGUACGACUCCAAAUUCAAGGAGGACUUAUCACUAAAGACUCCCACAAUUUUGGAAGACGCAUUCCAUCACUCCCAGAGCUACAUCUUCCUCGAGGAAGACAAGCCCUUCUAUGCCGAGAAGCAUGGAGAUAGGAGGACAGCCCCGCCCAAACCUAGAGAAGAAGCCGUGGAGGUACGGAGGAAACCCGACCCCAAAAGAUCGCUCCUCACAUCGUUCGCGGCAGCCGAUGACGAGUCCGAGCAAGAAUCGUGGUAUGCUGCGACAAUUUUAACGCCUUCCGACGCUGCCCCACUCAGAGACGAUAACGACACCAAAGCAUUCUGCAAGUUCCACGGGAGAACCGGCCACUCCAACGAAAACUGUAAGAACCUCAUCAGUAACCUCAUCCGCAUAUACCAUCGAGGAGAUAUUCCCCCGAUGGACGGCGACAGUGUAAUACCCCUCACGAUGGCUAAGCACGUGAUGGGACGGAUAGUUAAAACAACCAUCCCACGGAGGAUCUAUCCCACAAGAUAUACAAAUGUCCCGGGAUGGAGGUAUUCCGGACAUUUCCAAGCAGCUAUCUGA